UACCAUUCAUGUGCGGGUGGAAAAUUGUACAGAUUAGUAAUUUUUUAUGUAUUUGUAGUUAUUAUAUAUAAUCAUAUAUAUGUUAUAUUCCCUUGGCUAUUUUGUGCAUUUAUUUUUUCAUAUUUUAACUCUCCUUAAAGAAAAUCCUAACUCCGCCAUUGCAUGUGCCAUGGUCAAUUACCCUCAUGAUUAUAUAUAGUUUUGUUCUAGAUCUAAACUUUAGAGCCAAUUUUGUGAAAUCAAUGUUGAGACAAGAAAUCAACCAAGAUCCAUCCAGCCUGUGCUUUGUCAAACAAAUUCAGCGUUUUCGGCUCUACCAUCCAAUAUAUUAAUCUAGUUGCAAAUCCAUCCCUAUUAAUUCAACUUGUAUUUAUGACAAGGCAUUUAUCAUGUAAAGUCAACUGCUUAGAGAUGGACCCCUCCCAUUUCUAUAAACACAUUACGUCAAAUGACCCUUGUGAUUAUGUGAAAAUAACAGAUUCAUAUGGAGGAGAAAUAAAUAUUUUAACAUACUCUUGGUAUUUUCAAAUUUGCAAAGGGACUGAUGGGAAGAUUGGACCAAUAAUACAGGAGUUGGUAGCUUCAUCCAGUGUGUUCAAAAGUUUAAAGCACAGAAAGUUGUCAUUUUUAUAGAUUCCUAUUGAGUAUUAGGAACUAAGGAUGUGUCAUAUGUUGAAAAGACUCUGAUGUAGCAUCAAAUAUAACUUUUUAUUGCACGUAGGAGUCAUGGGAAGGAGUUCCUUUGUCAUAUUCAUCCUUCUUUUGAACUUUUUGCAGAUUCUUGAUCGUUCUUUUUCACUUCCCUUAUGUACUGAUUCAAGGGCUCCUCUUCAGCAAAAGACUCCUCUAUCAUUCUGUUCUUACAAUGGAACUUCAUGCUGCAACUCCACUGAUGAUAAAAAACUUCAGACUCAAUUUAAUGCUAUGAACAUUUCUGAUUCUGGAUGUGCUUCUCUUGUAAAAUCCAUACUCUGCUCGAAAUGUGAUAAAUUUUCAGCAGAGCUGUUCAGAUCUAAUUCCUUUCCUCGACAACUUCCGAUCCUGUGCAACUCCACAACUUCAGCGAAUUCAACCCAAAGUAGCCAAGCUAAGAAUGGCUUUUGCUCUGAAGUAUGGACCACAUGUCAAAAUGUGUCUAUCAUAAGUUCUCCUUUUGCUACUUCUGUCAAGUCCAAUUCCACAAAGUUGGUAGAUCUCUGGAAAUCACAAACAGAUUUCUGUAAUGCAUUUGGUGGACCUUCUAGUGAUGGAUCAGUAUGCUUUGCUGGAGAACCUGUCACCUUAAAUACCACCAAACCUAUAAGUCCUCCAGGCGGUUUGUGCCUCGAGAAAAUUGGGAAUGGUAGUUACCUCAAUAUGGUUGCUCAUCCUGAUGGCUCUAAUCGUGCUUUCUUCUCGAAUCAGCAAGGGAAAAUAUGGUUGGCUACUAUUCCAGAAGUCGAUUCGGGAGAGCUUUUACAGCUUGAUGAAUCUAAUUCUUUCUUGGACUUAACAGAUGAAGUUCAUUUUGACACUGAAUUAGGGAUGAUGGGGUUUGCAUUUCAUCCAAUGUUCUCACAAAACGGACGAUUCUUUGUUUCGUUCAAUUGUGAUAAGCAAGCAUGGCCUGGAUGCGGAGGAAGAUGUUCUUGUAACUCAGAUGUGGAUUGUGAUCCAUCAAAACUACCUAGUGAUAGCGGUUCCCAGCCGUGCCAAUAUCAAGCUGUGAUAGCAGAAUUUACUGCUGGUGGAAUAGGAUCCCAGCCAACACAGGCAAAAACUGCCAAUCCAAAAGAAGUCAGAAGGAUAUUCACCAUGGGCCUUCCGUUUACAAGUCAUCACGGAGGCCAGAUACUUUUUGGACCGAGAGAUGGAUAUUUGUACUUCAUGAUGGGUGAUGGUGGAGGUAUAGGUGAUCCUUACAAUUUCGCCCAAAACAAGAAGUCAUUGCUAGGAAAGAUUUUAAGGCUUGAUGUUGAUAGCAAAACCAAUGAAGCAGAGAUCACGAAGCUCGGAUUAUGGGGAAACUAUUCCAUACCAGAGGAUAAUCCUUACAUUGAAGAUAAAGAGUUGCAGCCUGAAAUAUGGGCACUAGGAAUGCGAAAUCCUUGGCGCUGCAGUUUUGAUUCUGCCAGACCAUCUUACUUCAUGUGUGCUGAUGUAGGACAGGAUAUAUCUGAAGAGGUGAAUAUAAUCAGCAAAGGUGGUAACUAUGGCUGGCGCGUGUACGAGGGUCCCUAUCUUUAUACCCCUCAAAAGUCACCUGGAGGAAAUACAUCUUUGAGCUCCAUUAACCCCAUUUUCCCAGUCAUGGGAUAUAAUCACUCUGAUGUGAAUAAGAAUGGAGGGUCAGCUUCAAUUACUGGUGGAUACUUCUAUAGAUCCAUGACUGAUCCCUGCAUGCAUGGAAGGUAUCUUUUUGCAGAUUUGUAUGCAGGUUCCAUGUGGGCGGGUACUGAAAAUCCAGAGAACGGUGCGACAUUUAACACCACUCAAAUUUCUUUCGACUGUGCUCAGAAAUCACCAAUAGAUUGUACCUUUGUACCUGGAAGCUCAUUUCCAUCUUUAGGCUACAUAUUUUCAUAUGGUGAGGAUAACAAGAAGGAUAUGUAUGUCCUUGCAAGUAGUGGAGUUUACAGAGUUGUUCGUCCAAGUCGUUGUAAAUACACUUGUGCAAAGGAAAAUUCUUCUGCUAUUGUUGAUGAUAUACCAGCUGGUCCUCCAACUGCUUCAUCUCCCUCAGCAGCAAACAUGUUAACAGGUUCAUACAAUAAUUGUGUACUCAUGUUCUUGUCUUUUAUAUUGAUGCUGGCUAGUUGGUUUUAGUAAGCUGCUAAAAAAUGUUAAUGUAUAGAUCAGAGAUGCGUAGGCUUCUCAAUGGACAAGUCUUGUACAAUAAAGAUUAUUCUUUCUCUUCUGAGUUGUAUCAGAAGUAACAUAUCAAUAUUUUAUGGUAACGAGGCGAAGGGUUCAAACCUCA